CAAAGAUUCAUAAGCAUCGCAUCGCGACUGGCCGAGCAUUUGUUGUUGCGCUUUUGUUUGAUAAACACGCUUGAUCAGUAGUAGUACGCCAGUACAAGAUUGUUUUUGAAUCCUACAAGUGGUAAAAGCAGUGCGACUUAAGUGAUUUUACUUAGUUGAAUAGUUAAAUAAAAAUGUCUUUCCUUAAGAGUAUUUGGAAAGCAAACUCUAAACAUAAAAAAUUAUCAGAAGAACUUGCUCUUCAAAAUGCCAAAGAAACCGAAUCGUUACAGAGUGACCAAAUUGAUAUAUCUGAAGAAAAUGACCUAGUUACAUUUAAACUAAAGUAUUUAGGGAGUACAGUUGUAGAAAAAAUAACAGGAGACAGCAUAAGUACAGAGGCGGUCAAAAAUAUUAUUAAAACAUCCAAAGCUGGAAGAAAAAAAUUGCAAAGAGUUAAUGUUAAUAUUAGUAUUAAAGGGAUAUCAGUCUGUGAUCUACAAGGAAAUGAUAUACUUAAAGUUUCUAUCUAUAGAAUUUCCAAUUGCUCAACGGAUCCAACACACAAACAAAUAUUUUCAUUUGUUUCAACUGACACAAAUGAAACUAUGGAGUGCCAUGCCUUCGUAUGUUCAAAAAGAAAAAUAGCAGAAACUGUGACUUUGGCUGUAGCGCAAGCUUUCGGUACGGCUUACGAAGCCUGGAGGCUUUUGCCUAGCACCCAGGAUGUCCAAAAAAAUGCUGCCAACGUUCUAAAAAACGAGCCUGAAUCUUCCAAUAAAAAUAUCGAAGAUUUCACUAAUCAAUCCAGUCAAUCCAGUCAAAGACAGAGAUAUGAAAGCGUUCAAAGUGAAGCAAGCACUGCUACUGUUACUGAAGAGGUUUUAAUAGACUUUGAAAGCGAUGUGAAAGCUCAGAAUGAAUUUCAAAUGUUUAGUAACCCUUGGGUUGUUUUUGAAGAUGACUUUGCAAAUGAACCCCCAAAGAAUUUUAAUAGAUCAGGUUUUAUUAUUGCUUGAUUUAUUGUUUUGACAAAAUAAAUUUAAAGCUUAAAAAUCUUGAGAAUUUUCUGAAUUUUUAUAUUCAUCACAUAUUAAUAUAUUUUUGACUAAAUUCAUUAUAAAUUUGUGUUGAUUUGUUCUUUUGUAAUAUACCUAGAUAGUGU